CUAAUUCGGUAUACACCGACCACGUGGUCGAUCUACACCGGACCAACCGUAGAAACGAACGAACCGACUAUAUACAAUAUGGCCGAUUGCAGUGCUAUUUGUGUGGCAACUUGUGUUGCCAUGGAAUUGAUGGAAUCUUCAGAUGAUGAGUCAAAUUUCCUUUUGGAAAGUGAUCGAAAGGAUCGUCAUAAAACACAGGACUUUUUCGAGUGGACAGUUCCAAGAUAUUUCCCAGAUAUGUUCAAGAAAUUUUUUAGGAUUUCACCUCAGUCUUUUGAACUUGUAUGUCAACUGUUAGGAGCUAAUGAACAAUUGGCAAAAAGAACAUAUCGAGGGGGACGACAAGAAAUACCAUUGGAGAAAAAAGUAAUGAUCGUUUUGCGAUAUUUAGCAUCACAAGAAACUAUUUUAGGAAUAAGCGAUCGGUUUAAUAUAACUGUUUCAACAUUUACCAAGUACAGAGAAAAGGUUGUUAACGCAAUAAAUGAUCUUCUCCCCAGAUUUGUUCAGUGGCCUGAAGAAUUGGAUUCUGUCGCAAUAAAGUUUAAUGAAAUGGGGACAUACGAAUUUCAAAACAUUAUAGGGGCAAUCGAUGGAAGCCACAUUCCGAUUGAGCAGCCAUUGGAAUGUCCCAAUUCAUACUAUAAUAGAAAAAAAUUUCACUCUGUAAUUUUACAGGCCGUAUGCAAAGACGAUCUUAGUUUCGUUAACAUUUGUGUAGGUAUGCCAGGAAGAUGCCAUGACGCUAAGGCGUUUAAGCAUUCUCAUUUAUCUGAAAUUGGAGAUGAACUCUGCAGGCAAGGACAAUAUCACAUUCUAGGCGAUGCGGCUUACGCACUAAUGAGGUGGCUUAUAACACCAUUUCGCGACAAUGGAAAUUUAACAAGAGAGCAAUAUAAUUUCAACAAAUUUCUGUCAUCCAAAAGACAGGUAAUUGAAAGAGCCUUUGCUUUGUUAAAAGGACGUUUUCGUCGUUUGAAAUACGUUAGCAUUAGAGAUAUCAAGUGUAUUUGUAAAAUAAUUUCAGCCUGCUGUGUUCUCCAUAAUAUCUGCCUACAAAGUGAUGAAGACAUUGCUGAAUUUAUUGAUGCAGAAAUUGAUGAAUUGGACGCAAAUUUAGGGGAGAACUUUCCAGUGAAUGCAGACAAUGGAGAAGGUAUCUUGAAGAGAAACAAUCUAACUAUCGAAUUAAACAGAGUCAACAGCUAAUAAAUGACAAUAAACAUUAUUUCAACUUUGAAAUGUUAUUCAAACAAAUACACCCAUGAUUAAAGUACAUUAUGUAGA